CGCCAACAAACAUCGCACUACAUAGCAAGGGCAAGGCAAGGUAAAGCAAAGUAGCAAAGUAGAGCUAGAGCUCCACUAUUUUUGGUUACCAGAAUUAGCAGAGCCAGAGCCCUUCAUCUUCCGUAUCACACUCCCAUACCUAAUAACACAGAUCCAAAACCAAAGCAAUAGCAAAUACCUGUAGUUACUUUUUAUUAUUCAGAUUUAUUCACAUUUCUUCUAAUCUAUGCCUCGUCCACCAAACUAUGAAUUUCAAGAAUGGUGGAACAAGCAAAGAGAGAAUGGCCACGAACUCUUUCAAGAUAAGUCCGACAUCUCCGUUCCUACCACUUCCUUCUUUGCCGUUGAGAUCGGCUCCCCUAACUCCGAUCCGACGGUGGAGAAGGAAGUUCGGACUCGGAGCGCUCGACAACUCUCAGGGAUCUAUCUCAUUAAAUUCCAGCAAAUCGGGAACUCCCUGGCAUGGAUUACCAACUCCUUAAUUUAUAUCCUUCGCACUGCCAAUCGUAGAAUCAAAUCCUCUGAUUCUUCACCGUCGGAUUCAGCACACUCGAAGAUGUACCGUCUAAUAAAAGGCUUCUUGAUUCUAGUUAUUGUAUUACUCUGUUUCGAAUUAGUUGCUUAUUUUAAGGGAUGGCAUUUCAGUCCGCCGUCUGUGGGGUCGGCCGAGCUAAUGGUGGAGUUGGUAUACGCCAAAUGGUUGGAGAUUAGAGCGGAUUAUAUAGGGCCACCGUUAAAGAGUUUGUCCAACAUGUGUAUUGUAUUGUUUUUGGUACAGUCAGUGGAUCGUGUGGCAUUGUUGUUGGGAUGUGUUUGGAUCAAGUUAAAGAGACUGAAACCGACGGCUGUAAUGGAGUAUCCGGUUGGAGAUGUAGAGGGAGAGAAUUUAGAGGACUAUCCCAUGGUUUUGUUACAGAUUCCUAUGUGCAAUGAGAGGGAGGUUUAUCAACAAUCUAUUGCUGCAGUUUGUAUCCAGGACUGGCCAAGGGAGAGAAUGCUCAUACAGGUUCUUGACGAUUCAGAUGAUUUAGAUGUGCAGCACCUUAUCAAGGCAGAAGUACAGAAAUGGCAGCAGAGAGGUUUUAGGAUUUUAUACAGACAUCGUCUUAUAAGAACAGGCUAUAAGGCUGGGAAUCUAAAAUCUGCAAUGGGCUGCGAUUACGUAAAAGAUUACGAAUUUGUGGCAAUCUUUGACGCAGAUUUUCAGCCUGGACCAGAUUUCUUGAAGAAAACAAUUCCGUUUUUCAAGGGGAAUGAUGAUAUAGCAUUGGUCCAAACAAGGUGGGCUUUUGUAAAUAAGGACGAGAACUUGCUUACAAGAUUGCAGAACAUAAACUUAUCAUUCCAUUUUGAGGUUGAACAGCAGGUCAAUGGUAUCUUCAUCAAUUUCUUUGGUUUCAAUGGAACUGCUGGUGUAUGGAGAAUUAAAGCCCUUGAGGAAUGUGGUGGUUGGUUGGAACGAACAACUGUUGAGGACAUGGAUAUUGCUGUUCGUGCUCAUCUUUGUGGAUGGAAGUUUGUAUAUCUAAAUGAUGUCAAAUCCCUUUGUGAGCUUCCGGAAUCCUAUGAGGCAUACAAAAAACAGCAAUACCGCUGGCAUUCAGGUCCAAUGCAGUUGUUCCGGUUGUGCUUUGUUGAUAUACUCCGUUCAAAGGUGAGUUGGACCAAGAAAGCUAAUUUGAUCUUUCUUUUCUUUCUCCUGCGGAAGCUUAUCUUGCCCUUCUAUUCAUUCACUCUCUUCUGCAUCAUACUUCCACUGACCAUGUUUGUACCAGAAGCUGAAUUACCUGCUUGGGUUGUUUCUUAUGUGCCUGGAAUCAUGUCCAUCUUAAAUAUCCUUCCAGAACCACGAUCAUUUCCUUUUAUAGUCCCUUACCUUCUAUUUGAAAAUACCAUGUCAGUUACCAAAUUCAAUGCCAUGAUAUCAGGACUGUUUCGUUUUGGAAGCUCUUAUGAGUGGGUAGUUACAAAAAAGUUGGGAAGAUCAUCAGAAGCAGACCUUGUUGCUUUUGCUGAAAAGGAAUCUGAAACUCUAGUUGAUACCACCGCUCUCCUUAGGUCCUCCUCAGAAUCAGGCCUUGCUGAGCUGAACAAACUAGAGAUAACCAAGAAAGCUGGAGUUAAAAAAAGAAACAGAUUGUAUAGGAAGGAACUUGCACUUGCAUUUAUUUUGUUGACUGCCUCAGUGAGAAGCUUGUUAUCUGCGCAAGGAAUUCACUUCUACUUCCUCUUGUUUCAAGGAAUUACUUUCCUUCUUGUUGGACUUGAUUUGAUUGGAGAGCAGGUGAGUUGAACCUUCCACUAGCCGAGUAGAGUUGAAACUCUUUUACCAUAACUUGGAGUGCCUCCGAUUAUACUGCCGCAGAUUUUAAAUCCGUUUCUAUUUUGGUCUUGAUUUGAUUUGGCUAUCAAGGACAAUCUUACCCACCAUUAGAGUUCCGGGCUCCAGGCUAUCGAAGCACUCUAUAUGUUUUAGUUACUAGAACCAUCUAUCAUUUUGAUUGGGCGUUGAUUAAGGCAAAAUUGAGUCACAAGUGCUGAACAUAGGAAAGAGAGGCUGAAAAUUAUCGGGUAGGAAUGGAUUCUUUCGUCCAGGUGAUUUGUUUAGAAGUUGACUCUGUAUACUUGCUUGCCUGUGUGAUCUGAGGCAAGCACUGUCAAAUUAUUACAUUUUUCAUUCUUUAUUAUUAUUUUUUGUUACAUUGUGUGCGAUUAGAUGCACAUGCACUAUUGGAAUCUUGAUUUAGUCGGUGAUAAUUUAAUUGAUGUUCAGUUCACAUAAAA